AGUAAUCUACUGCUUUAACAAGCGCAAAAAUAAUACAGGAUUUAUUUGAAACAGACUAUAUAACUUGGAAGGUGUGACAAAACCAACCAAUCUGCUUAAAUGUUUAUAUUUGGGUGAAGGUCAACUUCGGUCCAAAUAUUUUUCAUUUGACAGUGAUUAAUCCUUACAAAACUUGUGUUGUUUUCGAGGAAGAAUGGACGCUGGAAUUACACCUGCGAAGAAAGCAAAAAUUGAAGUAACGAACGGGACUCAUGAGCAUGACAAAGACCGGUUGCCCCAUCACAACUAUGUAGAAGACUACGAUGACAAAGAAGGUAGUUCGAGCCUUCUUUUCACCCUACCGGAAAAGGUCGGCGCACUGGCGGAAGCCCUGAAGGUGUUUCAGGCACAUAAUGUUAACUUGUAUCAUAUCGAGUCAAGACCUGCGAAACGAAAUGCCUCCGAGUAUGAGUUUUAUGCCGAUUGCGACAACAAGAAAGGGGGACUGCACGAGGCAAUGAAGGACCUUAAAGCUAAGGAAUGCAAAGUUACACUGCUCACAAGGAAACAUCAAAAAGAUUCCAACCAGCGACAAUCCGCAAGUGAAAAUGAAGUUCCCUGGUUUCCUCGGAAAAUUAAGGAUUUGGACCGGUUUGCGAACCAGAUUCUGAGUUAUGGAUCAGAAUUAGAUGCAGACCAUCCCGGAUUCACAGACCCUGUCUACCGGGCAAGACGGAAGGAGUUUGCAGAUAUUGCUUUCAAUUAUAAACACGGUACACCUAUUCCAAGAGUGACUUACACGAAGGAAGAAGUGAACACGUGGGGAACCAUAUUUCGUGAACUGACAAAACUGUACCCGACGCAUGCGUGUAAAGAGUUUAAUCACGUGUUUCCGUUGUUGAUCGACAACUGCGGGUAUAGAGAGGACAACAUUCCUCAACUAGAAGACAUCUCAAAUUUCCUCCAAGAUUGCACGGGAUUUCGAUUGCGCCCAGUGGCAGGAUUACUGUCAUCACGUGACUUCUUGGCUGGUCUGGCAUUCCGCGUAUUUCAUUCUACACAGUACAUCAGACACGGCUCGAAACCCAUGUACACACCAGAACCAGAUGUGUGUCACGAGCUUUUAGGCCACGUGCCCUUGUUUGCAGACCCUUCCUUUGCGCAGUUUUCGCAGGAAAUUGGCCUGGCAUCACUCGGCGCCCCGGAUGAAUAUAUCCAGAAACUUGCUACGUGUUACUGGUUUACGAUAGAGUUUGGACUGUGCAGACAGGAAGGAGAAGUUAAAGCAUAUGGUGCUGGUUUAUUGUCGUCGUUUGGUGAACUUCAGUACUGUUUGACCGACAAACCGGAAAGUCGACCAUUUGAACCUGUUAAGACAGCCGAACAACAGUACCCAAUCACAGAGUUCCAGCCUGUAUACUUUGUAGCUGAAAGUUUUGGGUCUGCCAAACAGAAAAUGAGAGAGUUUGCAGCGACAAUCCCUCGUCCUUUCACUGUAACAUACAACCCAUAUACACGGAGUGUUGAGGUUCUCGAAUCUACUGGUCAGAUUCUCAAUUUGGCCAAGAAUAUCAAAUCUGAAAUGAUGCUGUUGGAGGAUGCACUGACAAAGUUUCAGCAGAGCUAACUUUAUCAAUAGAAAUUGUGUGCCAAGACAAUAAACUGACUUAUUGACAUGUUGUUGCUGCUGGUUACAGUUGAACAGAUGUACUAUAUUGUUGUUGUUGUUUUCUCGUUUUUGUUGGUACAUUAAUAUUUACACACCAAUUGUCUUUUUGUAACUUCAUUAAAAACCUACAUCGGCAUUUAUAAUUGUAUUGAAGGGAUAUUUUUAUAGUUGCUCCAGUAGAACAUUUUCGAUGGUUUUCAACAUAACGGCGGAGGUCAUAUGAAAGUGAAGCAUUUCUUCUUGUUAUGAAGCACGAUGUCUCGAGAUAGUGUAUAUAUAUGUGUGAAAUAAACAGUGUUGAAGUGGUUAGUUGUUUUAAAGACUUACAAAAUUUCUCACACCAACACAUUUGGGUUUGGUUUUUAAUACAUUUGCUUCUUUUGAAGUCUGUGCGGAGACAAGGUGUAAAUGUGUGAAUACUUUGCUGCAUGUUAUAUUUUUAUCACAUGUCGAUACUUCAUACAUACGUUUGAUAUAUUGAAUAUGUAUUCUUGUUAGAAAUAUUUAUUUUCCACAUAUUUUAAACAGUUUUGGAACAUAUUUUAAACAGUUUUGGAACAUAUUUUUAGAUGUGUGCAGAGAUCAUGCUGUAGGUUAUCAGUUCUUUUAACAUUUCGGGACUAUAGUACUUCGAAGUCAGACGCAUUUAAAUUAGUAUAAAAUCACCAUAUUUGUGCAUAUAUACUUAUGAUGUUUUGAAAUAAUGUUGUUAAUCCUCAGUGUUUGUUGACAAUUUCUUAUUACAUAUUAUUAUUUUCUGUUUUAUCUGUUGCCAUAUAGAGAUGAAACCAAUUACACGAAGUGUCGAAUGCGACCCGUCUGAAUAAUAUUCAACAGUUUCUA